AUGCUCUUCAAGAUCACCGUCCUCGGUGACGGUGGUGUAGGAAAGACGGCUAUAACCGUACAAUUCACCAUGUCAUCGUUCGUGGAAACGUAUGACCCCACGAUAGAAGAUUGCUACCGGAAACAAUGGGUCGUGGACGAACAAGCGUGUCUGCUGGAGGUCCUCGAUACUGCGGGUCAAGAAGAGUACACGGCUCUCCGAGAUCAAUGGAUCCGAGACGGCGAGGGAUUCCUCAUCGUCUAUUCUAUAACCUCCCGUCCCACCUUUGAACGCAUCGAGCGUAUAGUCGAGCGCGUCCUUCGUGUCAAGGACGAAGGAUCUCUUCCGUACAACUCUCCUUAUGGCGGAUCGCCUUACGGCCAUCAACAAACACAUUUCUCCCCCACAUCGCCUACGGGCCCAUCAGCCGCCGGAGGUAUCGCAAGUCGCGUGCCGAUCGUGAUUGUGGGCAACAAGAAGGACAUGUUUCAUUCGAGAGAAGUGUCGACGGACGAAGGGGCCAUGCUUGCCCGUGGUCUGGGGUGCGACUUUUUCGAAGCAAGUGCCAAGACCAACAGCAAUGUAGAGGCGGCGUUCAAGUGUUUGGUAAAGAAGAUCAAGGUGGUCAAGCAGGGAGGUGUGAUGGCUCCUGUUGGGGGACAAACAAAGAAGAAGAAGCAAAAGUGUGUCAUUCUUUAG